AUGAACAACAACUCGAACAACGAGAACGCCAUCCUCGGGGUGUUCUCCUCCGCGGGGUACAUCGAUGUCGGCACGAAGGAGAAACCGCUGCCGUACCCGAUCAAGGACUCGGUCCGGUCGAGCUUCACGGGCGCGCAGCCGGUGUGCCCCCCGGCGAAGAAGGGUCUCUAUGGCUCCAAGAUCCCAGACGUGUACCUGGACAAGUCCCACCCGUGGUUGAUGGAAGGGGUCAAGUACCAGGACCGCCUCAAGUACGGCGACACGCAAAAGGAGAAAAUGAAGGGCUUCGGCACGAGCGACUACUCCAAGAGGGACGAGUUCUCGUACGACUUUCGCACCGCGCAGCACCGCGAAGCUUUAAAGAUGGAGGCCAAACACACGCAGGCGGCGACGGAGCGCGCGUUCAGGGAGAUGCAGGAGUCGAUGAAGGACGCGGCGGCGGCGGCGCCCGCGGAGACGAAGAGACCGAAAAAGCUCUUCUACGACCUCGUGUUCGAGGACGACGCGGAAGACCCCGAGGGUUUGGGGCAGACCGCGGUGCCGAACAGCAUGAUCGGAGGAAGGGUCAGCAACAACCCGACGCAGACGUCGUGGGGACGGGAUUACGGCGCGGUGAAGACGAGUAGCAUGGCGUGCGGGUACGGCAUCGACACGGCGCAUCACGGAAAGCCGGAGCACGCGCGCGUUCCGAUCAUCGAGAAGACGUUUUACCGACCGUGCGCGAUUCCGAUCAAGAACACGCUGUACGAUAAGCGGCCGAACUGA